GCCGCGUGCUCGCCGACCAGUUUCAACAUAAUAAUUCCUUCUUGGAAAUACAUAUCGUAUUGCCACCACAUUCUGAAGCAUCUCGAAUACGAGUAAUAUCGCAUUCGUUACAAGUGAAUCGAGCUGCGAACACUUUGCACACUAUCUUCCCAUACCUUUUUCUGCUCAACUUGUUGCGCUACUAAGAAGUACCUUCCAAACGAUCGUGCUAUUAUGUAACGAUGAAAACAUCAAUGCCAUGUUACAGAUACUUAAGUGAUAAUAUAUUUGAGUAUGAUUUUUGGCAGAUAUUUAUAUGAGAAUAAUAUUUCUUCUGAAGAAAAUUGCUACUCUAUAAUUCCUUUGGGAUAUAAAGAGAAAAGGUACUUGUAGGUUAUUGGGGCACAAAAUGAGGGAGUCUAAUAUCUAGAGUUCCACUUGGAUGGAGAACUGCGCAUGCGUAUCAGUACAUCCACGUAAUAGACUAGAUAUCGAAAAAAUUAUGACAGCGUCUGCAGGAAGUCAUAAUAACAGAGAGAAUGGCAUCGUCAAUGAAAUGGGAAACUACCAAUGACUGGAAUACCACCGUCAUCUCUACGUCACCUUUGGGUCAGUAGCCAUGACGUGGCUUUCACUGACUACACCAGCACAAUCUCCAUAGGUAUUGCAACUUCUUGUAAUCUGAUGAACCACUUUCCUUAAAGAUGCAACUAUAAGGGAAAGGAAGUAAAUACAUCCAAAUUUAUUAGUAAUCAUAGAAACAUAGCGUAAAACUUUCUAACAAAAUAACUCCAAAUGGUUGUACACAAUUUCUGAUGCACAAACUUUCCUCGCCGCAUUCCAUGCUCAGAGAUAUAAUGGUAAGGAUACGGCUGGGAACGGUGCUCGAUACCAAGCGAACUCCGCGUUCCAUCGAAAAUUCCGUUCGUUUCGAUUCUCAGAGCGCACACAGGUAUUCGCGCUUGUGGCGGUGCACGUGCGCGAGAGCACUCUUUGGAAGGGUGGGAGGUUAUCGACGGCGCCUCCGCCGAGAAGCAGAGAUAGGACACGAACGAAAAAGGAAAGGAGAUAGUUCCAGUCGCACACAUGUAUAAAAUUCCUAUAGAUGUUGCUUGAGUUUGUGUGGAAUACGCGAGUAGUCAAUGGUGGGGAGGAAACGUGAAUGAUCCAUAGAAGCCGGUACCGUUGUGCACUUCCCUCGCCGAACAUGUGUAAGCUUAUAGAGAGUAGUAUACGUAUAGAAGAGAAUGGAGUGGUGUUGAAGCGGGUAGGAAACGUCAAAGAAGUGGUGGGGAGUAACAGUCAGAGAAGUGGGGUGCGGGUUCGGCUUCGGCUUCGGCUUCGGAAAUGGCCGCGGGAAAGUAGAGAGCGUUACGUCGUCUGGCAAGCGAGCCAAAGUUUUUCGUGUGCAGCGCUCGUUAACCCGGCGCUUCGGGCGAUUCACCACACUUUCCACCACGGUGCCAUGUUUUGAGAGGAAAAAAAUUAAAAUCGAGUAAUAGUGUAAAAUCUUGGUGGUGAAGAGCAGUGCGGGCGGUCGUGCGCGAGGAUGGCCGGCGACGACGGUGCACCACCGAACAAUGAGAUCCUCGGAGAGGGGCAGGCCGCGUCAGUGCGGGGGGAACCGCAUUCCAGAGUGGGCGGCAUCCUGGAAUGCGAUCCCCCCGGUAACAAGAAUUCGUCGAGCGAGCGAGCCUGCGACGACGACUGCGACGAGUCUGUGAUCGCCGACGACAGCGGAGGCGGUGGAACAGUGAUUGCCGGCGAUAACGGCGCCCUGUGCCGAUAUGCCAUCGGCACUGCCAAUACCGCUAUGUCUUUCAUCGAAGUCUGUCAGAUACGACUGCAGCAUCUAUUCCCACACUUGGUCUCCUCUACUCGGUACAAUCUCUGCGAGGAUUCCAUAGAACUCACCGCGGAAUGUUUGGCCAACGACGUGAUACGGUAUCUGCUGAAGGAAGAUAUCUAUCUCAUAUCACGGGACCCUGUAUCGAGGAGCAUGAGGCACAACGUGUAUCAGAUGUUAAAUAAACACAGCAUAUUGUUCGCGAGCAUGGUGAACCGUUUGAACGUCGUGCCGGAUACGGCAUACGAAGCGUUCAUGGGAGUCGCAGAUGAGCUCUUCUUACACGGCGGUGUUACUUGGGCGAGGAUCGUGUGUUUGUACGCGUUCAUGGGCAGGCUUGCUCUGUGGGCUCGUGACAGACGAAUGCACGCUCUCAAAAAGAGAUUGCCGCUUUAUGUGUCAAGAUUCAUCGGGGAAAAGGUGGCACAUUUUAUCAAAGGGUAUGGAGGAUGGGAACAGUUGUGUAUAGAAUACCCUGUGGCAGAAGAGAUCAGUGGAGCAAUCUGGAGGAGUCUUUUAAUGACAGGUGCUACUUUGGGUUUGGUUGCAACAAUUUUAACAGUGACCUCCUGAUAAACUCUUAGAAAUUAAAUGAUGCAGGGUAUGUUUCUGGUACAACCUAUCAGUGUACUUAUAUUUAAAAAAUGGAAUUGUGUGAUUGGAAAGCUGUCUUCAGUCAGUUUAGAUUUUAUAUAACAAGUUUCCUAUUAUAUUCAUAUUUUGUAAUAACUGCAGCUCUGGACUAGUUAAAUUAAUGAGAAGAUACUUUAUUUAAUGUUAUCAAAAUAUAAUUUCAUGUAAUACUCAAAAUUCAUGUUUUAGACAUACAUUAGAUGUACAAAUUAAUUUGGUGCCUUUUUCUUUUUUUAAUUCAAGAUUUGUUUUCAAAAAGUCAUAUUUUAGAAAUUCACAAAAGCGCGGGAAAACAUUCAAAUUUAAAUUAGUAACAUUAAAGGCCCCUAAUUGAUUUUUACAUGUAAUAUAUACAUAUAGCAAACAGGAAUCUCAAAAUUGUAUUGAAUUUAGGUAGAAACAAUCUAAAUGUAUUUAUUUAUAAUUUAUUUUAGUUAGAAAAUAUAUUAAAUAAUAAAUUUUCCUUGUCAAUCAAACAUUGUCAUAAUAAAUAUUUAGAAUUUAUAAAUCGGCACAACAGUGUCCGUACAGUAACAUUUUUUAAACAGCAAUGAAUAUUAUAUGUGGUAGUUUCUUAAAAAUUUUAUACAAGUAUUUAAAGAUAAUAAA